CCGCACGGGCAGGACAGUCAGGACGAGGACGCACCGCCCGCCCCGCCGCUCGCGCGCCAACACGUGGUCGCGGUCUUGUUGUUGUUGUCAGGAUGCGUGUGUUGUUGUUGUUGUUGCCGUUCAAGUCAGUGGGAAGUGACUGUGCCGAACAGACGGGCCGCCACGCCGGUCAGUGAGGACUUGCUGCACGGAGAGUCGGAGUUGCAGCACACUCGAGCGAUGCACCCCACCUCACCCAGCAUGAUGGGCGCCAAAGGCGGCCUCAUGGACUCGGCCCACAUCAAGCGGCCCAUGAACGCCUUCAUGGUGUGGUCGCGCGGCCAGCGCCGCAAGAUGGCGCAGGAGAACCCCAAGAUGCACAACUCGGAGAUCUCCAAGCGGCUCGGCGCCGACUGGAAGCUGCUCAAGGAGUCCGAGAAGAGGCCCUUCAUCGACGAGGCAAAACGACUCAGAGAGCUGCACAUGAAGGAGCACCCCAACUACAAGUACCGGCCGCGGCGCAAGCCCAAGAGCCUCGUGUCCAAGAUGGAGUCCUCGGGCGGCGGCGGCGCCUACGGCCCGCCCGGCUCGCCGCACCACCCCGGCGCGCUGCUGUCCAGGGCGCUCUUCCCGCCGCUGCCCUACCCCCUGUACCCGCACCUGCAGCACCUGCACAAGGUCCACGCCGUGCACAGCGACGACCUGCAGGCCUCGGGGAAGAUCGCCGACCUGGCGUGGCAGUGCCUCCGCCCCGCCAGCCGCGGCGCGCCGCGAGUGUGCUCCACGCCGCGUGUGUCGACGGACUCGGACUCCGCGACGUCGGCGGGCGAGGUCGUCGUCGACGUUCACCACGACGCCGGGGCCGGACGACGCCACGCCGACGGACACCGGACAGGAUCCCUCGCCAGCCCGACCUUUCCGGUUGGUGCAGGUACAGUGGGCCUCCGAGACCUCGAGACCAGCACGAGCUUGCCGCGACACACGUCGAGGACACGUCGAGGACACACGUCGAGGACACACGUCGAGGACACACGUCGAGGACACACGUCGAGUCAGCUGCUGCCGCUCCCCGCCAGAAAUUGUCCCGGUCGCUGUGAUGUGCAUGUGGGCUUUCCGUGCUUUAAACUGGUGGCCCACACUCACAACACUUGCGGCCGGGGUGACUCUCUACUCUCCUCCGAGCCUCCUCCGCCUCCUCCACGGCUCCUCUCGGAUUCGGGCGAUGUGAUGUGCAUGUGGGCUUUCCGUGUUUGGUCGGUGGCCCACAGUCACAGCACUGACGGCCGAACUCUGUUCCACACAGCUGCUCCAUCCGAAGGUGCUCAGUCGCGGAUCCAGGAUUUUCCGAAGGAGGGGCAAAGUGGUGCUUGUCGUCGAACUACCAGGCGGCCUAUCCUGUAUGUACACCCAAAGAACACGAAACAGUCAAAGGACGUCAAAAUGACGUCAAAAUUGUGCUUUUUUUUGGUCGAAAUUUUGACUAAAAUUUGUCAUAUUGACAUCAAAAUGACGUCACUGUGAGCGUUUCGUGUCUUUUUGGGUAUCUUAGGCGGGGAGGGGAAUAAGUACCCCCAUUAACCCCCUGUAUGCGCCUGUGUGUGCUAUUACAACGUCUUGUUACCUGUUUUUUUAUUGAUUUUUUCCUGGUUCUAUUCUCUUUUUGUUAUUGUUGCAACCGACUUUGUUUUUGAAAGCUGCAAUAAAUGUUU